GAGGCUGGGAGAGUCAGGCGAGAGGAGAGUCACAAACAAUUCUCAUUCACAAAAACCAAAAAACACUGAAAAGAGAAAUAGUAAUGAGAAAUUGUUAGUGUAAUUUGAAAAAGCCAUUAUUAUUCGUAUCAAUAAUGGAAGAUCCUAAGUCUAAGGAUCAUCAUCUUAACAAUUCCCAUUCCAAUGGCAACUCCGAUGGCACAUCCUCGUCCGACCGCCUUGUUCGUGUCUAUGCUGAUGGGAUCUACGAUCUCUUCCACUUUGGCCACGCUGGCUCACUUGAGCAAGCCAAGAAAUCGUUCCCAAACACCUAUCUGCUUGUUGGAUGUUGCAGCGACGAAAUCACCCACAAGUUUAAAGGCAAAACCGUUAUGACGGAGGACGAACGCUAUGAAUCACUACGCCAUUGCAAGUGGGUAGAUGAAGUCAUUCCUGAUGCACCUUGGGUGAUCUCUCAAGAAUUUCUUGACAAGCACAAUAUUGACUUUGUGGCACAUGACUCUCUUCCUUAUGCUGAUGCUAGUGGAGCUGGGAACGACGUCUAUGAGUUUGUCAAAUCUGCUGGAAGGUUCAAGGAAACAAAACGGACUGAUGGGAUUUCUACAUCGGACAUUAUAAUGAGGAUUGUAAAAGAUUAUAACCAGUAUGUGAUGCGCAACUUGGAUCGUGGAUAUUCAAGAAAAGAUCUUGGUGUUAGCUAUGUGAAGGAAAAGCGAUUGAGGGUGAACAUGAGAUUGAAGAAACUACAGGAGAAAGUGAAGGAACAACAGGAAAAAGUGGGAGAGAAGAUUCAAACUGUUGCAAUGCAUCGUAAUGAGUGGGUGGAAAAUGCUGACCGCUGGGUUGCUGGAUUUCUAGAGAUGUUUGAAGAAGGUUGCCAUAAAAUGGGCACUGCCAUCAGGGAUCGAAUUCAAGAGCAGCUAAGGGGUCAAGCCUCAUAUCUCCUACAAAAUGGCAAGGAAGUUGAUGAUGACGAUGAAGAAUAUUACGAUGAUGAUGAUGAUGAUGAACAAUAUUAUGAUGACGGCGAUUAUUAUUAUUAUGAGGCAGACAAGAGAGAUGAGAAAGAAAAGUAGAUAUGGUUUUCCAUUUCUUGAAUGUAGUUGGUCUGUUGCAUAAUGUCCAUGGCCACUGUCCCUAUAAAGUGCCACACAAUGGCAGCAGAUGAUGAAAUAUGGAUUGCUCUGGUUUUGAAAGGAAGGGUUGAAGCUUCUACUUGUAUUAGUUUUUUUUUUAGUAUUAUUAUAAUUAUUAUUCACUUUUUGUGGUUGAAGUUUCUCAGAACAUACAAGUAACACGGGUAUACAUGAAAGUCCUGUUUUCUGCUUGGCAAAAUUGGCUUUCUUGAAACGUGUUUCUGGUUGGUGAUCAUGUAAGCACCUUAUAGAUGAAAAUUAUUUCCUCUUUGCUUA